AUUAAGAGCUGUAUGUGAAGAAUCUGCAUAAGACUGUCCAAAUAAUUAAACGUGAUUUCUUGUUUUCAAAGAAGAGAGUGCAAUAGAGUCAAACAAUAAUGUGCUUUAUCCUUCGCAUUUCACAGAGAUCGUGGAAUUGAGUCAAAUGCUACGAUCUCGGCGGCGCUCCCCUUACGGCGCCUACCUCUGCGCCGUCAUCUCCGCCCUGCUCCUCCUCCUCUCCGUCUCCCUCCUCUACUCCCGCUUAUCCCGCUCCCACCCUCACUCCGACCAUCUCCCCCGCCCCUCCUUCUCCCACUCCGCCGACCUCUCCGCCGCCGAUGACCCCAUCGACGAGGUCGACUUCGUAGACGAAACCCUAGACCCUCCUUCCCUCCGCCUCAACCCUUCUCCCCGUUACUACUUCGACCCCCUUACUGCCUCCAUUCGCCGUUCCUUCCUCUCCCCUCCCUCCCUCCGCCAAUCGCGCACCGACAACGACUUACCCCUCCGAUCCUUCCCCGACCACGACCCCUCCAAGGCCGCCUUCGCUUCCGAUGACGUCCCCGUCGAUGACGCUGUCAGGAAUAUGGCCACCCGCGUCACCACAAUCGAGGACGCGCUGCUACUCAAAAACUCUCCCCUCAGGGACGGCUGGGGCGACUGGUUCGACAAGAAAAGCGUGUUUCUCAGGAAAGAUAGAAUGUUCAGAUCCAACUUCGAUUUGUUGAACCCCCUGAACAACCCCUUGCUUCAGGAUCCCGACGCUGUCGGCACCACCGGGCUCACCAGGGGUGACCGCACUGUCCAAAAGUGGUGGAUCCACGAGUUCAAGAAAGUCCCCUUCCCUAGUAACAAGAAGGUUCCACUUAACAUCAAUGUACUACCCACUCCAGUCACCAAAGUUGGAGCAGAACGCAGAACUUUGAACCAUAAUACCAUCAUCACCAACAACGAUAAUAAUGAACAUGGGAUUAUUCAGGAAGUUAUGAAUUCAGGUACCAAUGGUGGUGAAUCAAGCAUUCAGAAUGAUGCAAAUGUCAUUGGUGCUGGGAUUCAGCCUAGGAAGAAUCAUAUAUAUGCGGAUGGGGAUACUUGGGGAUACUAUCCUGGGUUGCGGUUGCGGUUGCCAUUCAACGACUUCAUGGAUGCGUUUUUCAGGGUGGGGAAAUGUGUUACCAGGGUGUUUAUGGUGUGGAAUUCGCCUCCUUGGAUGUACACUGUCCGGCACCAGCGUGGCCUCGAGAGUUUGCUCUUUCAUCACCCUGCUGCUUGUGUUGUUGUGUUCUCCGAGACGGUUGAGCUUGAUUUCUUCAAAGAGAGCUUUGUUAAGGAUGGUUACAAAGUUGCUGUUGCUAUGCCAAAUCUCGACGAGUUGCUGAAGGAUACGCCUGCUCACAUUUUUGCUUCUGUGUGGUUUGAAUGGAAGAAGACAGAGUUCUAUUCCACUCAUUACAGUGAGCUUAUCCGCCUAGCUGCUCUGUACAAGUAUGGUGGGAUCUAUCUAGACUCAGAUAUCAUUGUUUUGAAGCCAAUUUCUCUUCUUAAUAAUUGUGUUGGUAUGGAGGAUCGUGGUGCUGGAAGUGCUUUGAAUGGUGCUGUGAUGGCUUUUCAAAGGCACAGUUUGUUCAUAAAGGAGUGCUUAGAAGAGUUCUAUAUGACGUACGAUGAUACCAGUCUGAGAGGGAAUGGUGCUGAUCUGUUGACAAGAGUUGCACAGAAAUAUUUGAUGGAGGAGAAUAAAUCUGUCAAGGACUUGAAGUUGAAAGUAGAACCCUCUUAUAUUUUCUUCCCUGUUGGUUCUCAGAACAUAUCAAGAUACUUUAUUGCACCGACAACAGAGACUGAUAAAGCUCAAGAAGAUGUGCUGCUUGAAAAUAUCCUGCACAAUUCAUUGACAUUCCAUUUCUGGAACAGCUUGACAUUUUCUCUCAUCCCUGAACCAGAUAGUCUUGUGUCUAGACUUUUUAAUCAUGCAUGUAUCCGAUGCCUGGAAUUACUAUGAUUGUCAACUUCCACCAAUUUUGUCUCGAGAUUCCAUUCAGAUUACAGUCCAGAAAAUAUCGGCAGGGUCUUGUCCAUGCAGUUGUACAAUUUUAUUGUAUGUUACUAAAAGAUAGCUAAGAUAUACAGAAAAUUUUGUAAAGCAAAAUAUAAUGAUAAUGUAUUAAUAUCUGAGUUUAUAGGCUGUGAGAACAUGUUAUUUAUCAUUUCUUAAUUUUUUAAUAAAUUAUUAAUUUCUUGAUGUGA